AAAUGCCACACCUCACAUCUCCCUCUCCUCUCAGUCUUGCAAAAUCCGACGAAUACCUCCAACGACCAUGCCGGACGCUCUCUCUCAGCUGCUGGAAAACGAUAGAGGCUUGAUGGAGUGGAGUCGUGGUCGAAGGGCUCCCUCUAAAGAAGAGGUCGUCAGAGAGAGAUCGAGCCGUGGUUCUAGCCAGGGACACAGAAGAUUGGUGAAGUCGAACUCCCUGUCGACGGCGUCGCCGUCGCUGUCCUCGUCGCCAUCUCUGCAUUCACUGGCACUAACGUCUUCUUAGUUGUCCCCUCGUCCUCUCCUCUUCCUCCUCCUCCUCCUCCGCCUCCAUCAUUGAGGUGAUUAGUUGAGCACCACCCGUCGAAUCUUAGUCCUUCUCUCUGCUUGCACGAGGAUGAGGAUCCAACUGGAAGACACACUCUCAGAAGUCAUGAGCUCACUCCCUCCAGGAUUCAGAUUCCAUGCCUCUGAUGAGGAACUUCUGCUUCUUUACUUGAAGCCCAAGAUUCUUGGACAACCCGACGAACACUACUCCAACAUAAUUCCGGAGAUUGAUGUAUGCGAAUUCGAGCCCUGGCAAUUGCCCGCCAUGUUCCAUCACAUGUUCAACCGGAAGGAGCAGUUUUUCUACUGCCGUGUGAAGUGCAAGUACUUGAAUAGCAGGCGCUCCGACCGCACGACCAGAGCCGGUUACUGGAAAGUGACUGGCAAGGAACGCCCCAUCAUGAGCGAGGACACCAGCGAGCAGAUAGGAAUCAAGAAGACGCUGGUGUUCUACGAAGGCCGCGUGCCUAAAGGCAAAAGGACCAACUGGGUCAUGCACGAGUAUCAUCUAAAUUCCAAGCAUUUGGGCGAUAAUCACGUCCAAGGCGUGAUGCUGCCUUAUGUGGCAUGUCGGAUCAAGAACAAGAAAGACAAGAAACCGAUGAUGGGUCACGCUCCAACAAUCAUCCCUGAAGGCUAUUCAAGCAGCCCUUACACAUGCACCAGCAGUGAAUCAGACCCCCCUGGUAAUCAAGAAGGGGACUUGCCGAGCUUCUGCAACACCCCCAACAAUGAAGUUGCUGAUCACCAAGGAGGUGCUGAUGCUCAACCCGAGAUGUCAGUGCAAUCGUUAAUGGAGUCGCUCACACUGGAUGACUGUGUAUCAGACUUCAACAGCCCUCCAACUUAUCAGCCACAGGCAGCUGAUUAUGCUCAACCAGAGAAGUCACUGGAAGAGUCGAUGAAAUCGCUCCCUCUGUUGGAGAUACUGGAUUACUAUGUAUCAGACUACAUCAACACCCCAACCUAUCAACCACAGGUAGGAGCAGAGGCAGGAUCUUCGCCCUUUUUUGACAACGGAUACAUGCCAUCUGCUUGGAGCGACUUCGGUUUGGACUGGGGCAACGUUUGAAGACUUCUCUACUACAGUGUACGACCAUGGUCGAUCAUGAUUUGGAAGGAGCGUGCGAGAGCGUGUGGGCUUUUUUUUACUUGUGAUGUAUUUAGUAUUGUGAGUGUGGCUUUGGGAGUGAAGUGAAACCUAUGUAGUUUCAUAAUCUGUACGUCUCUUAGUUUGCGAGUCGUGCUUUUUUUUAUUUUAUUUCAGGUUGUAUUUUCUGCUAGUUGAGAUGUAAUAAAUAAAUAAAUAGUGUGAUGUUAUUCAGUGUAUUUCCCUAA